AUGCUGUGUUCAUAUUGCACAGAGAGAGAACGGAAGGAGCGGGAACGGGAACGUUCGCGAAGCCCGGUGCGCCUGCCAGAGGUCGACCAGUUCAUUGAUGAGAACAACAUCAACGCCGAGGCGGCGACCAAGAUCCGGACUCUCAGUCCGGAGAGCCAGCGGAAGGUCAUCUCUCGGCCCCUGACCGGGGAUGUGCAAAAUCCGUCGAAGGUGAUGAUUGCACGUGUCCGCGAGCUUCAGAACCAAGAGGAGAAGUCCAAGUCAGGAGGCGGGUCCGAUUCGCUGGGUUUUUGGGGAGACGCGAUGCUUCAAGCGACGGCACAGGCUGUUGCCAAGUACAUCGAGGACAACCACUUAGAUAGCCGUGCAGCCAAAGCCUUGCGGGCGCUUCCUCCGCAGCACCAGGCUGUGGCGAUCCGCUGGGACCUCUCGCACCAUCGGAACCGGUCGGAGAAGUUCUUGUCUAUGGCGGCAGUGCUCGGCAGCGGCCCAGCACCCGGAAUGCCGAUGCCGCCGAUGUACGGACUGCCCCACGUGCCCGGACCAGGAGGCCACGGACGAGUGCGAAGAGGGGCAAACGAGAAUCGAACUGUCCCUGACCGGGAUUCCGUGUGUUCCGUGAAGACGUGCUCCCAUGCAGGGUCGUUCGGCAGCGACACACAUCCUUGA